AAUAUGAAUGAUUGGAUGCGUGUUAUUGAUGAGGUGGCCAAAGAAAGUGCGGUGAAAAGAAUGACAAUAUUUAAUACAGAAUUAGAUAUUAAUCUUAAGGAAGAGGAAGUCCCGGAAAUGACUGAAACUCGUAGUUCUGUAUAUGGAAAAGAUCUCUCGAUAUUGAUGGCGGACGGUAAAAUUCCAAUAUUAGUUGAAAAAUGUAUAGCAGAGAUUGAAAAGAGAGGUAUAGAAGAAGUUGGAAUAUACAGAAUCCCAGGUUCCGCAGUCGCAGUAAAUAAGCUUAGAGCGGCAUUUAAUAAGAAUGCUGAUGCUGUCGAUUUAAGUGGUGAUGAAUAUAGGGAUAUCAACAUUGUGUCUGGUGCUUUCAAGCUCUUUUUCCGCUCCCUUCCGGAGCCUGUAACUACAUUUGCAUUGUACGAUGAGUUUAUUAAUGCUGCACGUAUAGAAGAUAAAGAUGAGCGAGUUCUCGCUAUUAAAGAGGUUAUAUCCAAAUUGCCUAAACGAAAUUACGAUUUGCUGAAAAGAUUAAUUGAACAUUUGGAGAGAGUUACUGAUUAUGAGGAAUAUAACCAUAUGUACGCUAAGAAUCUAGCUAUUGUCUUUGGUCCUAAUUUGCUAAGGGCACGUGAUGACAAUUAUUCA